AUGCCUCCUAAAAGAAAAUCUACAGCAGGUGGCCAAUUGGCAGGGAUCUCUCGCGCAGGGCCGGGAACGGUCGAGAUCGGCUCGAUGAUCCCCCAGCCUUCCGCCACCAUCCGCCAAUCGUCCAACGCACCCGCGUCCCAUGCCAUAAACACGGGUAACUACUGUCACUUCUGUUGUGACCACGUUGAAGCUCCGUGCUCCCACGAAUGCAUUGAGUGUGGAGGAAUAAUGUGCCAGCAGUUCGUGCCUCACAGCAGCGGUUGCAUUUAUUUCGGGACCGUGGACGCCAGCAAGCCAUUCUUGUGCCCGAUUUGCUGCAGGACGGGAGAUGGUAAGGAUGCUGUGCUCCCAUACGCUGUGCUGGGCUAUUGGAUCAGGCAGAAGGUCAAGAUGACCUGGCCCAUGGUAGUAGUAAACCUCAGCCUGGAAUCCAUGAAGGACGACUACUUGGGAUUGACCGUCAGGUGUGAUAUUGACAAUCACUACAGGGAUCAUAAGGACAAUCUAUCCAUCGAAAGCUUGCACAUGCGUAGAAACGCACAUGGGCACGAGUCUAGGAAGCUUGUUCCCAGCAUCGAGUUCGUGCAACGUAACACCAAAGCUGGGUUUCCACCCAACACCUUCGUCAUCAUCGACACCCAUUCCGAUGAGUACAGCGGAAUGCUCCAGCACACUGGAGGACACAGCGGUGGCACCAAUACGACAAUCACAGAAAUUACUGCCGCAUACCUAGGCGCUGAACUACUGCAAAGCAUGGGUGAUGCCUCGCGUGCUGCAAGACACCACAAAACCGAGAUCACCACAAAAAGUGGGAAGAAGCCGUGGUGCGAUCUAUCUGCGAAGACCAGAGGAGGAUGGAGAGGACUCAUUAUGAUGAGCUGCGGGCCUGCAAUCAGGGUUCACCACCACUUCAAGUCGGUGGUACAGUUGGUGAAUGACGAUCAGUUCGAUUUCGUGCUCGGGUUCGGUGGAUCAGGGACAUUGCCGUCCUUGGUUGCACCCAUCGUAAGGUCUCUCGUCGUCGAGACCGGUGUAUUCGGACGGACAGACAUCUGGACAUCGUUUUGCGACUUGAUCGCGGCAAAUCAGGGUGUAUUGGACUACACCGCUGCCGUGCUCGUGUACUCAACGGUCUUCGAAGGAAACCGACGUGUCGAAUGUCGUCAGGUGGCGAAGAACAUGCCUGGAUUGCGUGCAUUUGGCGCCGAGCUGGGGUCCUGUGCAACACCUGGGUGUAAUCCGUCAUCGUCAGACAUGCGCGUCUUUAAUCGCACCGUGAAUGGGAAACCGAAGGUGUCUGUACGGUGCUUGAAGUGCAGUUGGAGAUCCGCUUGGGCCAGGACAGACCAAGACAACAAGCACUUCAAGAGGGUCCAUCCGAUCAUCGCGCCUCAAGUCUUCUGGCAUCAUUUCCCGCCGUCCGCAGAGCUGCAAAACUUUUUCGUAACAAUCACGGAUGAUGAAGCUAGCCAGGCAAAGGGCAAGGGCGAGAACAAGGGCGGGAAAGGUAAAGGGCGGAUGAAACGCAAGCUUGACACAGCUUCUGUCGUCAUGAAUGACACAGAAAUGAUGGACAAGGAGGACUCUGAUGAUGGCGCCAACAUGGAUGUCAAUUGA